AUGCCACCACCCACCCCCUCUAACCUUAUAGUCAUCACCGGCGCCACCGGCAACCAAGGCAGCGGCGUGAUCCGCGCCCUCCUCCACCCCAGCACCCCAGACCCAGCCACAACCCCCCUCUGGCACAUCCGAGCCCUCACCCGCGACGCCACCUCCCCCAAGGCCCAGAAAUUCCUCACCGACCAUCAAACCCCCGACAACCGCCUCUCCCUCAUCACAGGGGACGUAUACGACCCAUCCUCCCUCCAUACGGCGUUCGCCGGCGCCCAUGGCGUCUUCGCCGUGACAUCCGAGACCCAAACGGGACGGAUUCUCUACAAUGAAGACGAAAUGAACCAUGAGAUUGACGCCGGCCGAAAUAUGGUUCUGGCGGCGGAGGCUUGUGGGGUUCGGCAUUUUGUCUUUAGCAGUUUGCCGGAUAUGGUUGAGGUGACUGGGGGGAGGUAUCGGGAUAUUUAUCAUAUGAAUAAUAAGUUUGAGGUGGAGAGGAUUGCGAGGGAGAGGUUGGGUGGGGGGGUGACUUGUCUUAUUCCGGCGGAUGGGGUUGUUCGGUUCCGGAUUCCCAUUCCAGGCGGCCAGGUUGCACAGUGGACUGAUCCGGUCCAUGAUAUGGGGGUUUUUGCAGCGAUAUUCAACAUGGGCGUCGAAAAAACCCAUGGAAAGACUUACCUUGUGCUAAGCUCUCGUGUCACACCAGAGGACAUGGUAGCGACAUUCACCAAAGUCACUGGCCAGCCGGCGAUUCACGAACCCAUAUCUGCCGAGGAAUUCGGGGAGAUGGCGGCUCUCGCUGUCGGACCGGCUUUCAGGCAAGAUGCCCAGGAUAUGAUGGAAUGGGCUGCGGUGGCGCCGGCCGAUAGGAUUUGUUACGGGGCCUAUCCUGAGGAUCGCGAUUGCUCGUUCGAGGAGUUAGGGCUGAAGGCUUCGUCUUUUGAGGAGUGGCUUCGCAGGAGUGGUUGGAUGGGACCUGCGUGA